AUGGAGGGCUGCUAUCCCCUGGAAAGCGAAAGGAUAGAAGCGUGGCUUGACGACCACUUGGAGUUCGCUCAUACCUACUUUGUCAGGAAGGCUACAAGGUAAGCGCGGGGUGAGACUGAAGUCGUAAAAGUGAUUAAUUGUAUUUACGAAACAGGGAUAGCUCUGUUUACGAUACAUCCUCGCAGUGCAUUCUAUUUUAAGCAAUUUUGGCGAUAAUUAAUGUGUUCCGUGCAUUGAAAGGCACUGGCAGCCUAUCUUACCUGCGUGGGUUGUUUGUUUCAACGUAAAAUAAUAUGCUAGCGUACUGUACAAGGUUGGGGAUUUAAACGGCGAUAUCACACGCUAUAUGGUAGCCUUUUAUGGUAUUACGCACAAUGUCCAGCUUUAUCCAACGUCUCUCCACAGCAAUUUAUUGAUGCACCGCACAAUCGUCUUUACAAUCAGUAACUAUUCACCAAAUACUUGAGAACAGAAGUUAAAUCAUUAACCUUUAUUGGGGUGAUUCCUUUCCAUUGUGUUCCAAUGUUUGUCAUUUAGCAGACGCUCUUAUCCAGAGCGACUUACAGUUAGUGAGUGCAUACAUUAUUAUUAUUAUUUAUUUAUUUAUUUAUUUUAUUAUACUGGCCCCCCGUGGGAAACGAACCCACAACCCUGGCGUUGCAAACGCCAUGCUCUACCAACUGAGCUACAUCCCUGUUCCAAAAGCACACAGUGAAUUAAAAGUUAUCCAAAAUGCUUUUUGUUAUUGGGAUUUUCCACCUCAAAAAGGACAACCCACUGGGCACAGCCAUCAAUUCAACGUCUAUUCCACGUUCAAUGUAAUUUCAUUGAAAUUAUGUGGAAACAACGUUGAUUCAACCAGUGUGUGCCCAGUGGGAAGAAAUACAAUUUUCGACACCCACCAGCUCAGAUGGUUCUGAGAUCGUUUAUGUAGUAACGGAUAUGAUUAGCAUUCCUGAAACAUUAUUUUGUUGAAAUAUUAUUUGAUCUCUGAUAAAUUAAGCUAAUUGAUUGCACCUAAAUUGGCCAUUUUAAUUCAUAGGAUUCAGAUCAUAUUCAAUAAAUAUAGUACCCAACAUCCGAUUUGGACCGAACUUCUUCCUUCCAAUGAGUAAGGCAUGAAGGAAAUGUGUCCCACCGCAACAACCAGUAUACAGUAUCAGUUAUCUAUGUUUGACAAAUAGUAUGAAGCUGGGGCUUGUAGUAUUGCUUCUCCAUACUAUGUAAUGUAUUCCCUGGGAAUCUGGAGAUGUUUCUUUUCCCCUGUUCAGUGAAAUUAGCAAUUGAAUUCGGAAAAUAGUGUGAAAGAACCCUGUUUUGACCACUAGAUGCCGCUGUUGCUACUACUGCCACCACACUAAUUUAUCAAUUUUGCUGGUCUCUUGUUUAUCAAAUAGAUCACAAAAUUUCCUUUGCAACUUUGAGUAGAAAACCAAUAGAUUUAGCUCACGAAACAAAUUGUGUGGUCAUCCUCACAAUUCAAGCCAGUCCUCCAUGAAAGCAAUGUAGUUUGUCCUUCUCAUCAACCUAAUGCUUCAACCUAACUCUCCUUGAAUAGUUCAACAAGUGGCAGCUCUCUGUGGAGGGCUAUCCCUAUGGUGCAAUUCUCAUAUGAAGACUUUUCCUAUAAGCCCAAAACAUUGAUCGAGAAAUGGACUAGGGAUUAAAAUGUUGUGACAACCCUAGUAGAACCCAAUACUAUUACCGUUGCAAAACACUAUCUCAUGUGUGUUUGGGACUUUUACCAUUGAAGACCAUUAGAGACCAUAACAUUGAAACCAUUAGUACUGCUGUAGCCUAAUUGUUUCCUUGUUCACCAGGUAUGGUCUGAUAGUAACUGAUCCGGAAUAACAAUAAAAAAGAACAAACCACAAAGAGGGGCUGUUUCCUGGACACAGAUUAAGCAUAAGAGAAGGACAAACUCAAUUGCUUUCAUGGAGGACUGGCUUGAAUUGUGAGACUGACCACAUAAUUUAAUUCAUUUUUUCAAUCUUGUCUCAUCGCUGCAACUCCCCAACGUGCUCAGGAAGCAAAGGUCGAGUCAUGCAUCCUCCGAAACAUGACCCGCCAAACCGCGCUUCUUAACACCCGCACGCUUAACCCGGAAGCCAGCCGCAUCAAUGUGUCGGAGGAAACACCAUUCACCUGACAACUGAGGUCAGCCUGCAGGUGCCCAGCCCGCCACAAGGAGUCUCUAGAGCGCAAUGAGACAAGUAAAGCCUCCCCUAACCCGGACGACGCUGGGCCAAUUGUGAGCCGCCUUAUGGGACUCCCGUCACGGCCGGUUGUGAUACAGCCCAGGAUUGAACCCGGGUCUGUAGUGACGCCUCUAGCACUGCAAUACAGUGCCUUAGACCGCUACGCCACUCGGGAGGCCCAACACAAUUAAAUUUAAUCAUGAGCCAAAUCUAUUGGCUUUCUACCAAAAGUUGCAAAGGAAAUAUUGUGAUCUAUUUAAUAAACACAAGAGACCAGCAAAAUGGAUAAAAGAGUGUGGUGGCAGUAGCAGGAACAGCGGUAUCUAGUGGUUAAAACCGGGUACUUUCAAACUACUUUAUGGUAAAUAAUGCAUUACAUAGUAUGGAGAAGCAAUACUACAAGCCGCAGCUUCAUACUACUUGUCAAACAUAGAUAACUGAUACUGUAUACUGGUUGUUGGGUUGGGAUUGGCAUGGGGUGUGGGGGGUCCAUGGGUGGCUUUUGACAAAUCGGAUGUUGGGUACUAUAUUUAUUGAAUAUUAUCUGAAUCCUAUAAAUUAAAAUGACCAAUUUGGGUGCAAUCAAUUAGCUUAAUUUCUCCCAAAUAAUGUUUCAGGAAUGCCAGUCUUACCUGUUUCUAACUGCAGAAACGAUUUCAGAACAAUCUGAGAGGGUGGGUGACAUGGCUUGCUGAAAUGACAUGGAACAAAUCUAUUUCCAGACUUUUGGAAUAGGUACUAUUGAAAUGAUUCAUUGUUUUGUCUUUAUCAUAACAUAAAGGUGUUAUUACAUGUUUUGAAAUAUUGCAGUGCCUCGUGUACAGUUGUAUUACUGUCAUUUACUCAGAUUACUAUCAGAACCUAAAAGGACAAUUUAUUCCCAUUCCUGCAGUCAAAUGACCUAGUGGCCUCAUGGGUGGAAUGUUAUUAAUAUUUUUCAUGAUUUCAUAAAUUAAUAAACAUUAUUUAAAAAACAAACGCCAAAAAUCUGGUGUUUCUAUGUCAAAACGGUUUUGUUACAUUUCAGUCUUCUGUGAUGUAUUUUGAGUUUGGGAUGCAAACUCAAAAUUGAAUAAAUGUCAAUGGUAUGUCUGACAUGGUACAGGUGUCUUCUUUUUUUAAGCCCAUAACCAUGUGUGUGAGGUGUAUACUUUUGUUUCAAAGUAGAUUUGUUUAAGACUACCAAGAAAUACUAUGUGAGCCUGAUUUAGCCCCCCUGCAGUAAAAGGUUAACGACAUACAGUCAGUAAUCAGUCAUUAUUUACAAUAUUUUAUCUCAAAGGAGCACACUAUAAAUUCCUGUGGUGAGAUGCAGGUAGGUAAUCUAGUGGUUAAGAGCGUUGGGUCAGUAACCGAAAGGUUGCUGGUCGAAUCCCCGAGCCAACUAGGUGAAAGUAUGUUGAUGUGCCCUUGAGCAAGGCACUUAACCCUAAUUUCUCCUGUAAGUCGCUCUGGAUAAGAGCGUCUGCUAAAUGACUAAAAAAUAAAAGAAUAUAUAUAAUGCCAGUAGAAAACCAGCAGCCUUACUGUCAUCCUGGAUAUAUUGUGGGCAUAUAGUAAGGCAGGUACCUUGGCAUCACAACUAUCAGUCCUAAUUUAUCAUAGGGAAGUAGGUUAUGACUUAUUAAGGGCACCUUAAUUGGGGAGGACGGGCUCAAAGUAAUGGCUGGAACGGAAUUAAUGGAAUGGUAUCGAGCACAUCAAACACGUGGUUUCCAUGUGUUUGAUACCAUUUCUAUUGACUCCAUUCCAGCCAUUAUUAUGAGCCGUCCUCCCCUCAGCAGCCUCCUGUGAUUAAGGGCUACUUAUUUGCAUCCGAGUCUAGCCAAAAUAAGUGUGCCUGUCCAUGUUUGCAUAAUUUACAUUUCCGUCGAAUAAUCUUAUCUCAUUUUAUACCCCAUUUUCCACAGGCCCAUGAAAAGGUCAGACAUAUUUCUCAGACAGAAGAAAAAGGAGAUAUGUAUUGUUUUGUGUAUCCACAGUAUUUUUCAGCUUCCUAAUUCUUAACCACAUUAUGUAAGCAAACAUUAUUUGAUUGGCACUUCAAAAUAUCAGAAGAUCAGACGUUUAGGUCUGAAACUCAGAUCUCUGAGAGCUAUUAAUUUAGCAGUAAGGACACAUUAGGGCUGUUCUAUGGGGGAUUCUCACUAGGGGGUCACACGCACACACACACACACGCACAAACACACACACUCGCACACACACACUCGCACACACACACAUAACACACACACACACACAUUGCCAUCUCUUAUGCUCCGCGAGAUAGCAUUCUACUUCCAUUGGCUUGCCAUUUCAUAGUGUGGUUAGGACUCAGUGCCUGGCAGGCAACCUAAUCUACAGGCAAAUUUCAUGGCAAAUGCGUUGUACAGCCACAGAGUUUUUUGAAGGUUUUAGUAGGGCUGUUCAGGUGCAGUAACUUUUACAAAAAUGAAAAGUUUGGGAUUUGAACCCGGAACCUUGUGGUUAACACUGUUUUUGAAUGCUGGCACUGUGCAUAUCAGUCAUGUUCUACUAAUACUGCCAAACAUAAUUAAUUAGUGAGUUACUGUAUGUGUGUGUGUGUUUUUGGGUGUGUGUUUCAGAACCCUGCAGUAAAAAAGAAUGGAUGUCCUAUAAUGACUUACAAUGUCCUGUUAAUGUUGGUUAAUGUCUUGCUAAUGACUUAUGACUUGUUGUGCUAAUGUUGUGUUAAUGUUGUGCUAAUGUUGUGUUAAUGUUGUGUUAAUGUUGUGUUAAUGUUGUGCUAAUAUUGUCUUAAUGUUGUGUUAAUAUUGUGUUAAUGUUCUGUUAAUGUUGUCUUAAUGUUUCCUAAUAUUGUGUUAAUGUUGUGUUAUUGUCCUGUCUAUUGUCUAUUGACAGAGAGAUGAUGCAUGCACUACCUCCACGCAUGAUGCUAUUCAAAUACACCAAUUCCUUAGAUACUGUAAUCCCUAUAACGUCCUCUGUGUUGUGUAUUUGCAGGGAGAUGGUGAAUGCAUGGUUCGCUGAGCGAGUCCAUUCCAUCCAGCCCUCCUCCUCCUCUUCCUCCUCCUCCUCGUCAUCCUCCAAAGAAACCCUUCCACCCCAGAGACCCACCCAGCCCUCAGACAGCACCUGCGUAGCCUCCUCCCUGCCCCCUUCCCUGGGCCUGAACGACAGGCGUUCUCCCUCCCCAGCCCCGGCCCCCAGCCCCGCUCCCAGCACCCCCACCCGCAAGAUCUCUGCAUCUGAGUUUGACAGGCCGCUGAGGCCCAUCGUGGUCAAGGACGCGGAAGGCUCUCUAACUUUUCUUUGCGACGCCGAACCCGACUGGGGCGACAUCCGGACGCCCUUCAGAACCCAGCAGGGAGGGGUUGGGGUUGGCAUUCCCACAGGGAUGAUGGGCGAGGUUGGCAGUGCCCGGGGGUUGGACCGCUGUGCCAGGCUGUUGGAGCUGGUGAGGGAUGUGUCGAGUCACCUGGACGUGACAGCGUUGUGCCACAAGAUCUUCCUGCACAUCAACGAGCUGAUCGCCGCCGACCGCUACUCACUCUUCCUGGUAGGUAGUAGCACCAUGGGCUAUAGUACCCACAAUGCUCUGUUUGUAGCAGGGCCACUGGGAUGAGAGGAAGAAGGAUCGGACAGUGGUUAGCAUAUGUAAUGAAACAAAUUUAGGAUGAAAUGAGGAAGGAUUAGGAAGGGAAAGUGAACAUAAAUCUCAUGUAUUUCAAAUAUAUGAUGCUGAAUGAAACUGUUGGAAAAGUUUGCUCCCAAGUGGAUUUCCUGGUUCUUUUUAUGACCUUUUAAUCUCUGUCUAAUCCUUAUCUAUCUAAUUCAACAACCAUAUCUAUCACGACUCAGGAUAUGACCCAGAUGCAGACACAGGAGGCGGAUAGUACAGUUCUCAGAUCAUUUAUUAUAAACACGGGGCAAAGGGCAGGUUGAGGACAGGCAGGGGUUCGUAAUCAGGACACAGUCAGGCAGGUACAGGACGGCAGGCAGGCUCGAGGUCAGGGCAGGCAGAGGUUCGUAAUCAGGUCAGAGUCAGGCAGGUACAGGACGGCAGGCAGGCUCGGGGUCAGGCCAGGCAGAGGUUCGUGAUCAGAGUCAGGCAGGUACAGGCAGGCAGGCAGGCAGGCUCGAGGUCAGGGCAGGCAGAGGUUCGUGAUCAGGUCAGAGUCAGGCAAGUACAGGACGGCAGGCAGGCUCCGGGUCAGGGCAGGCAGAGGUUUGUGAUCAGGUUAGAGUCAGGCAGGUACAGGACGGCAGGCAGGUUCGGGGUCAGGGCAGGCAGAGGUUCGUGAUCAGGUCAGAGUCAGGUAGGUACAGGACGGCAGGCAGGCUCGAGGUCAGGGCAGGCAGAGGUUCGUGAUCAGGUCAGAGUCAGGCAGGUACAGGACGGCAGGCAGGCUCGGGGUCAGGGCAGGCAGAAUGGUCAGAACCGGGAAAAUUAGGAAACAGAACUUGAGAAACAGGAAGACGGGAAAGCAGGCUGGUAAGACCUAACAAGACAAGAUGAACUGGCAACAGACAAACAGAGAACACAGGUAUAAAUACACAGGGGAUAAUGGGGAAGAUGGGCGACACCUGGAGGGGGGUGGAGACAAGCACAAAGACAGGUGAAACAGAUCAGGGUGUGACAAUAUCAGGUAGCUAUGAUUACAUUUCCAUGCAAAUGGACGAUAAAGUGACCUAUCACAUCAUACAUCAUAUAUUAUCAUAUCGUAGUAUAAACUGUGUAGACAACUUUAAAAAGCCGAUGCAGAUACACUUCCUGUAUGAAUCUGGAUAAGUAUGACAUCACUUCCUUUCUAUUACUUGUCGCGUGACCCCAGGUGGGCGAGGACAGCUCCAACAGGAAGUUCCUGGUGAGCAGGCUGUUUGACGUGGCCGAGGGCUCGACCCUGGAGGAGGUGUCCAAUAGCUGCAUCCGUCUGGAGUGGAACAAGGGCAUUGUGGGUCACGUGGCGGCCACGGGCCAGCCCCUCAACAUCAAGAACGCCUACGAGGUGAGAUGA